AUGUACACCAAGUCUAUCGCCGUCUCCGCUCUCCUAGCUGUCACAUCGCUCUCCGCUGUCGGCGCCACCCCUGCACCCUCUGCGGGCGGAAAGCUGCAAAGGCGCUGCGUUCUCGCCGGGUGCUCCACCACCAGCAAAAACACGUCGAACCAGAGCUCGACUGUCAAUACGUCUAACAACAACAAUGUGUCGAACCAAUC